AUGUCAAGUCACACCAUAGCAAGACAGACCCCGCCCAAUGGAUUCCGAGACACCCGACUACGAAAGACUCCCACUGACGGUGGAGGGGACCUCUCAGCAGAUAUCCGCGCUGAUCCGGCGCGGCCCCAGACCCGCUAUCCUGUGGCUCCACGGCUUCGGCCCUGCAAGGAAGAGCUGCACGAUCUAGUCUUCCAGCGAUCGCUGAAAGACCACACGUUCAUCGCCUACGAUGCGCCCGGGUGCGCUGCCACCAUGGCCGCUGAUCCGACCAAAGCCACCAUUGCAUUCAUGGUCGCCACCGCCGAGGCAGUCCUGCAACACUAUCGCAUCGACCGCCUCCAUCUCAUCGGCCACUCAAUGGGCGGACUCACGGCCCUGAUACUGGCCGAUAAAUACCCGGACCGCAUCAUCAGCUUCGUCGAUAUCAAGGGCAACCUCGCCCCGGAAGACUGUUUCCUCAGCCGCCAGAUCUUCACCCACCUGGGCUUCCGCCUCGGAGGAAUUCCUCGAGCUCUUCAUCAAGCGCAUCCGUGACAGCCCCGCGUAUUCGAACGCCUUGUACGCGUCGCCGCUGCACGGGCGCGUCCGUCCGCCUGCUAUUGAGCCUAUCUUCAAACCUAUGGUGGAGCUGUCCGAUGCAGGCGAUCUGCUGGACAGCUUUCUGGCGCUGAAGUGUCCGUUGAUGCUUAUAUAUAGUGAACUGAACCGCGACUUGCCGUAUCUGGGCACUUGCGGGAGCACGGGGUCGCUUUGGCUAAGAUUUCUCAGAGUGGACACUUCCCGAUGUAUUCGAACCCGGUGGAGAUGUUCGGUCGGAUUGUGGGUUUUAUGAAACGCACGACUGGCGUGUAGAAGUUCAAGAUUAUGAUAGAU